CUGUGGCCAGGGAGAAUGUCAGGGAGCAACCAGCAACAGGACCUGGUGCUCAUUAAAGAACUGGAGCUUAUUUUGGAUUCCUGCACCUUGGAGCUCACACCAGUGGAUGAAGUCUGGCCUAACCUGUACAUAGGAAAUGUGGCUGUGGCACAGAAUAGAAAGACAUUACAUAAGCUUGGCAUCACUCAUGUCCUGAAUGCAGCGCACUCCAAGCAGGGCAGCAUGGGUGACAAGAGUUUUUAUGGGGACACAUGUGUUUACUUUGGCAUCCCAGCAGAGGAUUCGGACCACUUUGACCUCAGUCAGUACUUCAGACCUGCAGCUGACUUCAUACAUAAAGCCCUGAAGAACAACGAUGGGAAGGUGCUGGUGCACUGCAUCAUGGGUGUGAGUCGAUCAGCCACUUUGGCCCUGGUGUACUUGAUGUUGCGGCAGCGUCUCUCUCUGAGGGAUGCUAUGAGGCAUGUCGUCCAAAAACGAGCCAUUUACCCCAACCGGAACUUCCUGUCCCUCCUCCUCAAGAUGGAUGAACAGCUGACACUCAGGCGAAGGUUGUGUCCUCUUCUCUGACAUCUGUCUUUCUCAUUUCUCCCUCUGCUCCUUCAUGACAUAAGCCAUCAGUCACCCCAGGACUCAGGACUGCUCUCUCUCUUUCCACAUGUUACACUCUAAUCAGUACUGGCAGUGUUUGUGAAUUAUAUUUUGUAAUCACAAUGUGCAUGAUGUAGUAAGAGGUCUGAUGGUGAUAUUUAAAUUCCAUAUUUUUAUUUUCAAGAUUGUCCACAUUUCUUGCGCAUGUUUAACUUCUGGGUACAGCAGCAAAUGGUCAUGUGUUGUUAAAUAUUGUAAAUAUUUACAUACAUUGUCAUAUUUCUGUGAGGUUUGUUUUUCAUAUUCAAACUGUAUUCAAAUGUUUACCUGUCAGCGAUGACGGGCAUGUCCAUGAGCUUUGUAAAUACAGCUUUAUGACUGUUGUUAAUGUCUAUUAAAGACAUUUUAUGAUA